AGAACAUUACGCACCUUAGUCCUAAAGUGUUAACACUGUACCACAGUCUAAGAACACUGUCGGCAAACACAGCUCCCUCUUCCUCUCUUUCUUGCUUUUUUCUUCUGUUUACACUACACUCCCUCGGUAUCUCCGCUAGCCGGAAACUGAGGAUUAUAGAGGUUGUUUUUAUAGUUGUAGUACUGACCCACAUUUCACUUACAUUAUGGGAACUCACUGCCCAAAUUUUGUUUUCACUAAGUUUUACUCUGUAGUAGCUGUGGUUGUGUUUUUUGGGGCAUUCAUGGCUUCUGCUGGUCCUCCCCGUCAUGUUGUGGACACGCAUUGGUACCCUGCUACUGCUACAUGGUAUGGCAGUCCUGAAGGCGACGGCAGUACUGGUGGGGCAUGUGGGUACGGAGAUAUGGUAGAUGUGAGACCAUUUCGGGCUCGGGUCGGGGCAGUAAGUCCAAUAUUAUUCAAGAACGGUGAAGGAUGUGGGGCCUGCUAUAAAGUCAAGUGUUUGGACCGUUCAGUUUGUUCUAGAAGAGCUGCCACCGUUAUUAUUACCGAUGAAUGUCCCGGUGGUUACUGCUCAGGUGGUCGUGUUCACUUCGACCUUAGUGGGGCCGCUUUUGGACACAUGGCGGUUUCUGGUUACGGCGGCAGUCUCCGUGACCGUGGUGUACUUUCCGUCAUUUACCGCCGAACUCCAUGUAAGUACCCUGCAAAGAACAUAGCCUUCCAUGUAAAUGAAGGCUCAACACCUUACUGGCUCUCUGUUCUUGUGGAAUUUGAAGAUGGAGAUGGUGAUGUUGGAUCCAUGCAUAUCAGAGAGGCAAAGUCGAACCAAUGGUUAGAGAUGACACAUCUAUGGGGAGCAAAUUGGGCCAUAAUUGGAGGACCAUUGCAAGGACCCUUUUCGGUGAAGCUAACAACACUUUCAACAGGAAGAGCCCUCUCAGCAAGAGAUGUUAUUCCAGGCAAUUGGUCUCCCAAAGCUACUUACACCUCUCGCCUUAACUUCUACUAAUUGAAUGGCCUUUAAUUUGUGUGGCCACAAUUUUAUUUUUUUUUCGUUAAAGAAAAGUAGCCGUUCGGAUCAGCAUAAAAAUAGUAUCCAAGGCUCUUUCUUUGGUUGUUACUUUUUCUUUUUUGCUUCCUACUUUUGUUGUUGUGUGCUUAGCUAAGUUAACAGGGUUGUCAAUAGGAGCCUUCUUCAAAGGAGAGUGAGCUCUUUGCCCUGUGUUUUUUUCAAUUUGGUGUGUAGUAAGUUUGAGUUUUGUUGGUUUGUAAGGUUAAAGUUUAGUGGGGUCCUUUCUGUGGGUUUUAACUGAGAAUAGGACCAAAUGAAUGCACAUGUAAUGUAAUGUUGCUUGAUGUAGAAACAUGAAUGAAUGAUGUGGGGACCUUUCUGCCCUUUGGUGUA